AUGGACAGAGAAAAUGAAGAGCAUGUCUACAUCAAUGAAGAACCUAACAGUCAUGAUGUCAGGACAGGAAGACAGAUCUCCACAACACACCAAACACCUGGAAGCUCAGAAACUACAGAGCAGCUACAGUGUGUUCAGGUGCUGCUGUGUGUUGUUCUGCUGACUGCGCUCAUAGUGCUGGGCACAAACUACACACAAGAGACACACCAGCUUCAAUCUGACAACACCAACCUCAUAAAUGAGAGAGAUGCAUUACUGUCGAAGAAUAAUGACCUGAUUAAAGAAAGAAACGCAUGCAGACACGAUUUUUUUAAAGAGAACAAUGGAUGGAUUUACAAUCACUCCAGUUUUUACUACAUUUCCUCUGAGAAGAAAAGCUGGAAUGAGAGCAGAAGAUACUGUACGGAGAGAGGAGCAGAUCUGAUCAUCAUAAACAACAAAGAGGAACAAGAUUUUGUUCAGAAGAACAUUAAUCGUCGUUCUUUAUUCUGGAUUGGUCUGACUGACAUUGAUGAAGAGGGCUCAUGGAAAUGGGUUGACGGCAGCACACCGACCUUUAGGUUUUGGAAGUCUAAAGAGCCCAAUGGACAACGAGGAGAAAAUUGUGCUGUAGUUCAUUCAACAGUUUGGGCCGAUUACCGAUGUAGUCUUGCUUAUCUUUGGAUCUGUGAGAAGAACAUUUUAAUGUGACUUAUUAUAUGAGAUGGAAGUUAAAGUAACAUAUUAUUAUUAUGUUAUUGUGAUGUAUAUGUGAUUGUAUCAUAUGCUUGUUACUACACAUACUUAACCAAAGUAUUCAUGAAGUGUUUUGUUUUACUUAUUAAAUGUACCAGAAAAUGUUAUGUGUGUUUGUACAUGUGUGUUGUCUCAGUCAUCUGUGUCAAAAUUAAAGAUUAGAGAAAUGCCAA